AUGCCCGUGAUGUUCAAAGCAUUGUUAAGCAGUCUAAGCAGAAUGGCGUCGAAUGAAGUCGCAUCACCUUGGAUUGACGUCGGAAUGGAAGCGAGCCUGGUUCCAGGCAGCUGGGAUAGAAGGUUGAUCAAAGUUUAUGACGACGUAAUGUGGGAACCUAGUUGCAUCUCUCUAGCAUCCUUUCCUGGCCUCACACCAGGUACAAUCAUGCACCGCGAUCUGUCUUGCGGUAAGCUUUCCAGAUUCUUCGAUUCUUCGAUCGUGGGCAGUAUCUUUCGAGUGGCGCUCGAAGAUGCCGCUCUGGCUCAUGCAUAUAGCAUGUACAAAUACUGGCGUGUCUUUGAAGUCGCAUCCCGAACCUUGAAUGAGAAUUCUCCAUCUUCGAUGUUUGCAAUAAUCAUUGCAAAGCUGAGGCCACCCGAAGCCGGCCCUUCAAUUGGGAGGAGGCUCAGGAAACUUGGGCCUGCUGGCAAAGCAGUAUAUUUGAGACUCAUCUUCUUGAUGGCUAAGUUUAAUAGUAGGAAAUACCAGUCUUGCGUCGCAAACAUGCGGGGAAGGGUGACCGGUGAGAGGCCCGACGCUGCAGAUAUCAUUGGUUCUGCCCCUGCACAUAAUUAG